AUGACUCCUUUUAUACAUUUAUAUUGUGUUAUAUGGAUAGAGUUAUUGACUGGCUGCUAUACAACGACAGGUCGGGAAUUACCCACGGGGCAAAACGUAGUGUCUGUAGCACCUAUAGAGCUACCCGAUGAAUCCAUGUACCCGAGAUUUGCCGAGCCAAUCCCAAAUGUAACAGUGACGGUUGGACGGGACGCACUGCUUGCGUGCGUAGUCGAUAACCUGAGAGGUUUCAAGGUAGCAUGGGUUAGUAUGGAUAAACAGACAAUACUGAGUAUACAUCACAACAUUAUUACUCAGAACUCUCGCAUAAGUUUAUCGUAUAACGAUCAUCGAUCGUGGUACUUACACAUCAAGAACGUGUCAGAAGUAGACCGUGGAUGGUACAUGUGCCAGGUCAACACAGAUCCAAUGCGCUCCAGAAAGGGAUAUCUUCAAGUUGUCGUACCUCCAUCAAUCAUUGAUAACAUGACGUCUACGGAUAUGGUAGUACGGGAGGGCGCUGACGUGACCUUGGUGUGUCGCGGUGCCGGAUAUCCAGAGCCAUACGUAAUGUGGAGGCGAGAGGACGGACAAGAUUUUAAUUAUAACGGUGAAUCGGUAAGCGUAGUGGAUGGAGAGACAAUGACAAUAACAAAGGUGUCUCGAUUACAUAUGGGAGCUUACCUGUGUAUAGCGUCUAAUGGUGUGCCACCUUCGAUUAGCAAACGGAUCAUGCUCAUGGUUCAGUUUCCCCCAAUGCUGUCUAUUCCAAAUCAGUUAGAGGGGGCGUACAUUGGACAAGAUGUAACCCUAGAGUGCCACACGGAAGCAUACCCCUCUUCCAUCAACUACUGGACAACGGACCGCGGAGACAUGAUUAUUUCCGAAAUGGAAAUUAUAGGAGGCAAGUACGAGGCAUUCCCGAUGGAUAGCGGCUACAACAAGUUCAUGAUGCUCAAAAUUAAGAAUAUCACCAAAGAAGACUUUGGAUUCUACAAAUGCAUCGCAAAAAACUCUCUGGGCGAAACAGAUGGAAUCAUCAAACUCGAUGAAAUACCAGCCCCGCCUUCUGCUUUUACUACAACUCAAAAACCUAUUUUAGACAAUCAGACUAUUAGAAAGAAGGGUUUGCCGCAAAUCAUACAAAGUAGCAACGCAAUCAGCUCAAACUUCCAAGGUGAAAUGUACGGUGAAAGUGAUUUCGGAGAUGACCUACCUGAUGGCGCAUCUUUCGGCAAAGUGAUUUUAGUGACAAACUUUGUAUUACUUUUUCAUGUGAUAAAUAUAGCAAGGCAACUUUUACUUUCUUGA